AUGAAGGUCCUUUUGUCGUUUUCAAUCUGCAUCACAGCAAUUCUCGUUGCAAUCACCUACAACAACAACACCCAUAUACCUCUUAUAUUCAAAAACUUGAUUCCAUCAGAGCUCCAAGCUCAAGCUUCCAAUCUUCUGACUCGCUAUUGGAAUCUGGACGCCAAUUCUGAGCAAGCUAGCAGCAACAGCAACAACAACAUCCCACAAGAACAACCACCCAUCCUCCUCAGCCCCUCAAACAACAUGACAGCCGCACGCGCAAUCCGCAUGGCCUUCCAAGCCAUCGAGCAAGCCGAAGGUGCCGGCGCUCGCGUCCGCCGAUCCAUCGGCACGCCCAAACUGCGCAACUUCAGCCCAUUCCUGAUGCUAGACCACUUCACAAUCGGCAAGGGCGCCGGGUUCCCGGACCACCCUCACCGGGGCCAGGAGACAAUCACCUACUUGCUCUCAGGCGGCGUGGAUCAUGAAGACUUUGCCGGCAACCGCGGCACCAUUGGGCCUGGCGACUUGCAAUUCAUGACCGCGGGCAAGGGCAUCAUGCACGCCGAAAUGCCGCACGAGAACGAGGACGGAAGCCCCAAUGUCGGCAUGCAGCUCUGGGUCGAUCUGCCCAAGAACCUGAAAUAUGUUGACCCGCGCUACCGGGACUUGCGCGCUUCCGAAAUCCCCGUCGCUAAAGUCGACGAGGGUAGGGUCAUCAUCAAGGUGAUUUCGGGCCAGUCGCACGGCGUCGAUUCCGUGCGCGACCUCGCCUACACGCCUCUAUGGUUCUUGGAUAUUACCAUCAAGCCGGGCGGGCGAGUCAAGCAGCUGCUCCCCAUUGGCUGGAAUACAUUUGCCUACACGCUGCAGGGCACAACACACUUUGUGACGGACGAGAGCACGAAGCCCAUCAAGCAGUUCCAUAACGUCGUCUUCCAGCAGGCCGGCGACCAUAUCGAGGCGUAUGUGCCCGAUAAUGCCGACGAGGAGAGUCGCUUCAUCCUCGUUUCGGGCCAGCCGCUUGACCAGGAAGUCGUCCAAUACGGCCCGUUUGUGUGCACGACUAAGGAGGAGGUGUAUCAGGCUAUGCUUGAUUUCCAGAGUGCGAAGAAUGGCUUUGAGAAGAGUAUGGGUUGGCAGAGUGAGAUUGGAAAGAGGAUGGCUCGGUAUUAA